AUGCGCAAGUCUCAAAUAGCUUACAUUGUGGUAUUCCUGCUCAAAACCAGCCUCUUCGACCAUCCGGCGUCAGCCCCACUUCGCUAUGAGGAUUGUGAAUACCCUGGCUCGAGAAAGACCAAUGUUGGGAAGAGGACGCAGGUGCGUGAGUUGGAGGCCAAGCUGGGCCAGCUCGAGAACAAGAUCAAGAUCAUUAGUGCCGCAAAUGAGCCUGAAAACAACGAUUUUCCCGACAUUGCUACAACCAACUUUGACGCCUUUCUGCCGACUGGGACAGCUUUCGGCAGCCUGCCCAUCCAGACCAACCCUGCCGUGCAGCCCACCCCGCCAUACGAUGACCACCCGUCCCAGACUGGAAUCACAAGGCUCGGUCUAUUUGAGCAGCUGCCUGCUAUCGAACUGAUAGAGGAACUAACGGCCAUCUUCUUUGAUGAGCUCCACCAUGCGGCCCCCAUGCUUCAUCAGGAGCGCUACAUAGCGUCUCUCUACCUACCAGCCCAUAUGCGCCCUCCAAUGUGUCUUCAGUACAUUGUCAUGGCCUCUGCAGCCACAGUCAACCGUGUACAUCAGCAGCUGGCAAUGCCUUUCUACCAGCGCGCACGCGCUUAUGCCGAAUCUGAUGAGAUGAAGGGGAAAGGCGAGUACUUUUUGACAUUACAUCAUGCCCAAUUUUGGAUUCUGUGCUCGAAUUACGAGGCCCGACAGAUGUGGUACUCGCGGUCAUCAACAAGUCUUGGCCGUAGCGUUCGCAUCGCUCAGAUGCUCAACUUGCACCAGCUUGAUCGAAAAGCUUCGCAAGCUCGAUCCAUGCUCGCCCCUGCGCGAGACUGGACCGAGACGGAAGAGCGGCGACGUACGUGGUGGGUUGUGUUCUGCAUCGACAGAUUUGUGUGCGGUGCCACGGGCUGGCCUGCCUUGAUUCACAUUCUGCUUCCAGCUUCUGACGAGGCAUUCAGGAGCGGAGUCAAGGAAAAGACCACCACCUUGAAGAGCGUCCUGCAAGACACAGGCGAGAGAUAUUCCUCCUUUGCCGGCCGGAUCCUCGCCGCCCACCUCUUCCAUAAAACGAUGGAGCACACCGAGCAGCCAGCUGCAGAAGGCAACCCCGAAGAUGUCAAAAACGGCCUGUACUGGAAACAGCACAGAGACAUAGACAACAGCCUAGCCACACUGCUCAUGGCGCUCCCCGAAACGCUACGCCUUCCUCGUAACAUCCGCUCCCCCAACGCCGUCUUCGUCAACAUCAUGACCCAAGCGGCCAUCAUCUCCCUCCACCGAGCGGCGCAGUGGACCAUACGGCCGCUGCAGGACGUUCUGCCAGAGCACACAGUCCGCCAGAGUCAGAACAGACUCCUCCCAGCAGCGGAGGAAAUCUUGCACGUCUUCCGCAUGGUUCCCGACAUCGAAGCCACCAUGCAAAACGCCAUGUUGACCUUUGCGGCAUACAUGGCAGCUCUCGUCUUUCUCGAAGAUUUUGCGGCGGGGCACAGCCAGCAGAGCGAGAGCAACAUGGACUUUCUCGUGGGCAUGCUCAUCACAGUGGGUCGGAGCAAUGUCAUGGUUGCUUCGUUGGCGAAUCAGCUGGCGAUCGAUAUGCAUCAUCUAGGGAUCAAAUCUUCUGUUGCGACCAAGGCUUUCGAGUUUUUGGCCCCCAAGCUGGCUGAGAAGAUGGCCGACUCCCCGGGAGUCAACUUUUGCUUGCUGCACGGCCCUCCUCGAGCUGAUGAUACUGCACUUGCUGAUAUCACGCCGCAAUCGAGCACACCGCAGACAAUUCCAUCCGAGACGUCUGGGCUGGGUGGACUCGCGGGAUCGAGUCAGUUUCACGAUGCGGACGAGAUGAUGUGGGCGAACACUAUAGCUGAAUCGCCACCUGUGGGGUUAAGGUAUCCGUACGAUGCUAUGACUUGGUGA